AUGACGCCUGAAGAGUUAGAUCAGAUCGGUCCAACCAAUGCGUUCGAAUGGGCCUUGUUCGUUUCAAAUCGCAAUGACACCUACCCGUGUAUCACACCAACAGGGACUGAGCUUGCAGGCAAAUCCAUCUUUAUCACGGGCGCUUCAAGAGGAAUUGGUCGAGCAACAGCCAUCCGCUGUGUAAAAGCCGGCAUCUCGAAGAUUGCAAUCGGGGCACGCUCAUCGCUUGAUGAAGUCACAAAAGAGCUGAAAGCAGAAGCCGCAAACUCAAACCUCCCAGAGCCACAGAUUCUCGCAUUAGAGCUUGAUGUCACUUCGAAGGAGUCAGUGGAAGGGGCCGCAAAAGCAAUAAACGACGCCUUCGAAGGGAAAUUGGAUAUUCUUGUCAACAAUGCCGGAUAUUUACCAGACCUCGUGCGCAUCGUGGAGUCCGACCCAGACGACUGGAUGAGAGGAUGGGAUGUCAAUAUCAAGGGCCCAUACCUAUGUUGCCGCUAUUUACUCCCGAUGAUAUUGAAAUCCGACACAAAAACAAUCAUCAACUUAACAUCGAUUGGGGCUCACUUGCUCACGAGUGGAGGGUCUGCGUAUCAGAACUCGCGGUUUGCUAUCUGCCGCAUUACAGAAACCCUUGCCCGUGAGCACAAAAAGGAAGGCUUAAUUGCACUGGCUCUUCAUCCCGGGGCCAUCAGAACGGAGAUGGCAGAUAAACUAGAGGGUAUCUUCCCGGAUAUCUUUGUUGAUGUGCCAGAGCUUCCGGCGGAUACUAUUGUGUGGUUUGGGAAGGAACGACGUGAGUGGUUGAAUGCUCGGAUGGUUAGUGCAAAUUGGGAUAUGGAGGAGUUGGAGGCGAAGAAGAAGGAGAUUGUUGAAGGAGAUUUGUUCAAGUUUCGGAUUACUCUAUAG